AUGCGUCAAUUCAUGGUCACCAGUCUUCUCGUGUUCAUUCGACACUCGUCCGCUCAGCCUAUAGCUCCUGACCCUGACCAUGUCCGCCACCGUUCUUCUACCAGUCCAAAUCAAGAACACGAUUUGCUGCUCGUAUUGGUCCUCCUCGCUAUCCCCCUUGUAUUCUUGAUCUCCUGUUUCCUCAAGCAUGUGUACAUGAACCGCCGCCGUAAACAGACAGCUCAUGCCUUCGAGGGUCAACCUUUGCCUGCCAUUCCAUCAAAAUCGCGGAGAUGUGGUUCAAUUUCUAAAUCUGCCACUUCCUGGACCCACACUCGUUGUAAAGGCCUGCUCGUUGGCUGCUUGGGAGAUCCAGACUGGGAAACUCGCGUGAACAUAGAAAAGCUGGAUCCGCCCCCGGUCUCCCGGCGGGUUUCUAUACUUCCCCAGAAAACUCGAGACGAUUCAGGUUGGUACUACGACGAUUCUUGGGCCGCACGACCGCGUCUGUGGAAUCGUGUCUCCAUGGGAGAUCUACGUCAUUCUCUGCAUUCUCAGACGGCCUUUUAUCAAUCUUCCUCGUCUGUAACUUUGAGCAUGUCCUCUUCCUCUACGUUGCGCCUACCCCUGCAAUAUCCUGACGUCACCCAGUCAGCGUCUGGGACUAGGCGUUCCACAGACUAUUUUGAGACGCCCAUAUCCCCUACGUUCCCUUGUCGGUUCUUCUUCUCUGCCGUUUCAUUGUUCGUCAACACCUUCUCUCAGGCUAGUUCCGACACCGACUCUGCCUUCGCCCAGUCUUAUGUUUCCACUCUUUCCGCCACCACCGUCCAUAGCGCCUCGGGCGAUCAGUCGAACACGUCCUUUGUGUCUUUAUACCGAGCUUCUCUGCAGUUCGGCUCCUCGUUUUCAGCGAUGCCGGAGAUGACUUUGGUGGAUUGCCGCCGUAUGUCUCGCAUACCGACAUCAUCGCACACGACGGAAGGACGCGGAGGCACUGUGCGGCCAUCACCACUUCGCGAGACCCUAUCUGUUGACUAUUCUGCGACUCCGAGCGCCUUGUCGGACCCUGAACAUUCUGCUGCGCUGUCGCCGCCAUCAUUCUGGGACGAUGAUGUGAGUAAGGAGACGAGCGCGGACCAUGACAUUCUCCGGUAG